UUUCCCCCAAAAUGAAAAUACUGUGAAGAAAGGGUUGCAGCGGAAAAAAAGAAAAGAAAAGAAAAAAAAAAAAAAAAGAAAAUCGGAGGAUCUAGGGUUUCCUCGCUUCCCCUCCGCUUCGUCUCGCUGCUUUGUAUGUAUCGUUUAUGGAUGAAUGAACAUACAUUUGAAUCGAUUAUCGGUUGCUUCAAAAUCGGAUAAAUUUAAGGUUUAUACUGGUGAAUUUGUUUGUGUAUGUUUGUUUGGAAUUCGAUUAUAGCCGGAGACCAACCUUGAUAAUAAAUCGAUAUUCGGCGAUUGAUUUUAGAUUUUUAUCGUUUGAGAAUCCAAUCAUCAAUCGAAUCGAAUUAGUUGAAUUUGUUAAAUAUGCGAAGACUGCUGAAUCCAAAACGGGUUACUUGGGCUUCAGAUGUAAAUCUUUGUCAGGUAAGGCUUUUCUUAUCUGAAGAAUCUCCUUCGCAAGUUGGAGUGGGAGCUCAGGAUCACCUCCAAGCAAAAGCAUCAUGGACGUCGCAAACAAGUGGUAUUACAUCUGAUGAUAAUUUACCUCCAGGUUUCGAAGGAGCCCAGGCUUCAAACCUUUGGAGAACUAAGUUAGCUCAAAUUCCUCUUGUCAAAUGGGAACUUCCUACAAGAUUCAUAUUGGAACCAAAUUGGCGAGUAGUUGCUGGCGAGGAGAGCCAAGAUGUGGAAGUUCAAAAACAACGGGAGAUGAGAGUGCUCGAAGCAAUUUAUCCUCGCCCAUCUGCUAUUCCCCUAAACCCUUCAGUACCGGCGGAAAACUUUGUUCACAAUGAUCAACAGACUCCUCUGAUUCCAAUCACUCCUAUCGAGGAGGAGGAUGGCGUAGAUACGUCACAAGAUGCCGUGGCUCCAAAUGCCAAUCUAGUCUCGCAGCUAAUGGAGGCGGGAGCUGCCUCGUCCCGGAGUGCGAGUAAUAAUCUUCCCGUGAAUGGAACUACAGCUACCGGAGCUGCUGCACCUAGCUUGGAACCGGAUGUUCUAGCGGUAGCACAAGCGGCCUUGGGUGCGAUAAUGGCGAACGACCAGGGAAAUCUGAUUGACCGCGAACUGCUCAUGAAAAUCCUGGGCGACCCGCAAAUUAUUGGGCAAUUGGUUAGGCAUCACGGAGGAGGAGGAGGCACGACGUUGCAGAGCAUGCCAGGUGUCGCCGCCACAACACAAGCUCGGCCUGCCGCUAGCGUACCGAGCAUGCCGCCAGCCAUGGGUGUACAUAAUAUGCCGGCCACCGCCUUGCAGAACAUGUCGAAUAUGAGGCCACCGGGGUUCGGCUUCUCAACUCCAACGCCACCUCCCAUCAGUAGAGUAGAUCCAUCCUCGGCUCACGGAAAUAGACCAGACCUCGGUCCCCCUUCUAUCCCAGGUACCUCUACCGCCCCUUUCAACCCUCCUCCCGGCAGGAUAGGAUCCCUCCCCAACAUGCGUCCUCCUCCUAUGCCCGAUGUCCUCUCGACAUCAACUUCAUCCGUCAGAGCCCCGCCGCCAUCAACUUCAUCAUCUGCCCCCGCAAAGGACAUAAACUAUUACAAAAGCCUUAUUCAGCAACACGGAGGAGAAAGACAAGACGCCCCACCGCCACCAUUCAGCAGCCGGAGCAACAAUCACCAUCUCGAUUCAGUUCAAGAACAGCAGCCGCCAAUUAACUCCAGAUCGCGAGAUUCAAAACCCAAGAUCAUGAAGCCUUGCAUCUAUUUUAACAGCUCGAGGGGAUGCCGACAUGGAGUGAACUGCUCCUACUUGCACGACGCCCCAUCGCAGCAGAGGGUCACGAACUUGCCGGAAGUGCAGAAUGCAAAGAGAAUGAAAAUGGAUAGGGAGAUUACUGGGACAUAGUUGUUUGUGGCUGUUAGCAUUUCUUCCUCCAUGUACAUUUUUUGUCUGCGGCCAUUGCAGCCCUGCAAAUCUGCAAUGUUUUUAUUCCUUGGUUCUUUUCCUUUCUUCUUCUUCUUAAGUGAAAAAAGUCAUUUUUAUUUUUUUUAGUUAAAUGUUUACUAGCUUUGCGAGCUUUUCCUUAUAUUCGCUAAUCUUGCGAGGUGAUAGACCUUGGAUUCAUUUCUUCUUUUAUUUUUUUUGGUUAUAAGUAUUAUAUCCUAAAUUGUUAUAUUGCCAUUUCUUUCU